UUUCUCGUUAUUGGGUUGUUUUUGCAGUGAUUUUCAGUUUUUGGCUGUAUAAUCUUGAACCCUUAACUCCAUUGCAUUUUCAAGAUAACCCAGCGUUGGGAGAUCAAAGAUGCGGAUUUUCAGUCCGCCGCUUGUCUUUGUGACGCUUCUAUCUUUUUUCGCGCCUGGGUCCUUCUCUAUUGAAAAUUUUCGUCAAGCGUUUCCUAUUAUAGAACCAGCUCCUGGCCACACAAAACUUCGCCUUUCCAGAGAAGGCUUGGAGGCAAUUGAGAAAAUCACCACCCCUAUAGCAGCUGUUGCUGUUAUUGGUCCAUAUCGUUCUGGAAAAUCAUUUCUUCUUAAUCAGCUGUUGUCACUGUCAUGUUAUGAAGGGUUUGGUGUUGGGCACUUGCGCGAUACUAAGACUAAAGGAAUAUGGGUGUGGGGAACUCCAAUCGAAUUGGACAUUGAUGGUGUCAAAACUUCAGUCUUCUAUCUUGAUACAGAGGGAUUUGAAAGUGUUGGGAAGUCAAAUGUAUAUGAUGACCGCAUUUUUGCCCUGGCAACUGUGAUGAGCUCUGUGCUUAUAUAUAAUCUGCCUGAGACGAUACGUGAAGCAGAUAUAUCUCGAUUAUCAUUCGCAGUGGAGCUUGCUGAAGAAUUCUAUGGAAGAGUCAAGGGGCAAGAUGUGGCUUUCGAACCCGCAAAGUUAUUAUGGCUAAUUCAGCGUGAUUUUCUACAAGGAAAGUCGGUGCAAGAAAUGGUUGAUGAGUCUCUCAGACGAGUCCCUAAUGCCAAUGGGGACAAGAAUAUUGAUCAGGUUAAUCAGAUUCGGGAAUCUUUGGCUAUAAUGGGGGACAAUAGCACUGCCUUUAGCUUACCUCAGCCCCAUCUUCAACGCACGAAGCUGUGUGACAUGAAUGACACUGAACUCGAUCCUCUAUACGUUAAGAGGAGAGAUCAGUUAAAAUCAGUUGUUUCCUCUAUUAUCCGACCUAAAAUUGUUCAGGGUUCACUUGUUGAGGUCUUCAAUAAGGGUAUUCUUGACCGUUGUUUGAAACUGUAUAGUGACCGUAUGGGUAAAUUGGGUUUUCCGAUAUCUGAGAAUACUCUACAGCAAGCACAUGAAGGAUCUAAAGUAGCUGCCAUGUCAGCUUUUGACGAGCAACAUUUUGGCCGUCACCAUGCAAAGCUGUCGGCUGAAAAGUUAGUUGAAGAAAUCGAAUCGGUAUACAAGAACUUUGUUCUAGCUAAUGAGUACCAAUCUUCAAAGCUUUGUGAGGGUCUUUAUACUAGUUGCGAGGAGAAAAUGGAUCAACUCCAAGUCCUCAGACUUCCUUCUAUGGCCAAAUUCAACGCCGGGUUCCUUCAAUGCAAUCAGAGUUUCGAAAAACAAUGUGUUGGACCCUCCAAAAGUAAUUACGAGAUGCGGAUGAUGAAGAUGUUGGGGAGAUCGAAAUCUUUAUUCAUAAAAGAGUACAAUCACAGGCUGUUCAAUUGGUUGGUGGGCUUCUCUCUUGUGAUGGUGAUUGUGGGUCGGUUUAUUUUAAAAUUCUUUCUAGUCGAAAUUGGAGCUUGGAUACUAUUUAUAUUCUUGGAGACAUAUACACGAAUGUUUUGGUCUUCCGAAUCUCUUUAUUACAACUCUGUGUGGCAUGCUAUUGUCGGGACUUGGGAAGCCGUGGUGUACAGCCCCGUUCUUGAUUUGGACAGAUGGGCUAUCCCUCUCGGUGUAGUAGCUGGGAUUUUAGUGCUCUACUGGCGGUGUUAUGGGAGGAGAAAACCAUAUUUAGCAGGUUAUCUGUUCUUGGAGUUCAUUUCAUCAAUGGCGAACAAACCACAGAUCCGCACAACCAGCUCAGCCCUUAUAGCCAUGAUUGCUGACGAGGACACUAUCACUGGAUUUUUGCUAGCGGGAGUUGGUAAUGUUGAUUUGAGGAGGAAAACAAAUUACCUCAUUGUGGACUCAAAAACAACGGUAAAGCAGAUUGAAGAUGCAUUCAAAGAAUUCACAACAAGAGAAGACAUUGCUGUGGUGCUAAUCAGCCAAUUUGUUGCAAACAUGAUACGUUUUGUUGUGGACAGCUAUAACAAGCCAAUCCCUGCAAUCUUGGAGAUUCCAUCAAAGGACCAUCCUUAUGAUCCAGCACAUGAUUCUGUUCUUUCAAGGGUGAAGUAUCUCUUCUCGACCGAAUCAGUAGCUUCCGGAAGGCGCUGAGAAAUUGUCAAGAGUGCACGAUUUUCGUACUUUCUUCUGUCUCGUUUUUGAGUCGACAAUGCCUCUCUCUGUAAUUUCUUAAUUUGUGGAUUUCUUCAUGAUCCUUUGGCUUUUGGGACUUCACAUACAAAAUCAAUAAUAUUCCAAUGCUGAGACUGGAAUAUGCUCAUGGACUGCUCAUUAUAUUUGUAAUAAUUAUUAUAUAUGAAAAUGAAAUAUUUGUAAAAUAUUUGUUUGAGUGUGAAGAUUAGUGUGGCCUUAAUUGAGUAUUAAUGUGUGUCCUAUAAUAAAUAGGUUGGAUUAAUAUAUCAAUUGAUGGAUGACUGGUCAUUUCGUAAAAUUUUUGAAGAGGGAUAAUUGGAUAUACUCCCUCCAUUUUGAAAUAUAAGGCAUUUA